AAAAGUAAAAAGUGAAUUCUUGCAUCCGCUAACAAUCUGCGGAAAGCAUCAAUCACUUUGCCUCUAUUUGACUCGUUUGCAUCUGAUUCUUCAUCAUUUCUCUCUGUUUUAUUGUCUUUUACAUUUGAUACUUUGUGCGCCUACUAUUGUUUUGAGCUUCGCUAUUGGAAUUCUAGGGUAUAGGUUUGAACUUCACUUUGAAGUUUAAGGAGCUGUAGAGCUUAGAAAGUCACUUACUUGACUGUUAAAGCAUUUCUCUUGCGCUACUAUAAUUACAGGGAUACCACAAUGACUACAGUAAUGGAGGGCACUGUUUUUACGCCUUCUUUGGAGGGAAUGAAGCUGGUAAAGUCAGAUGAAGGGGAAAUGCUGACCAAGCCUUUCUUGGAUGUUUGCAAGCUCAUUCUUCCUGUUAUAGAAAAAUUUGGGGCUGCCAUGGCACUUGUGAAAUCUGAUGUGGGAGGCAACAUCUCGAGAUUGGAGAACAAAUACUCUUCAAAUCCUUCACAAUACCAUUUGCUAUACUCUAUGAUAAAAGAAGAGGUCGAAGCUAAAACAGCAAAAUCUUCUUCUAGUUGUACGAAUGGUCUCCUGUGGUUGACAAGGGCUAUGGACUUCUUGGUAGAGCUAUUUCGCAACUUAUUGGAGCAUCCUGGUUGGACCAUGUCUCAAGCCUGUUCUGAUGCAUACACCAAAACCUUGAAGAAAUGGCAUGGUUGGCUUGCAAGUUCUAGCUUCACUGUUGCCAUGAAACUAGCACCCGACAAGAAGAAGUUUAUGGAGGUCAUAGGUGGUGAUGGAGACCUCAAUGCCGACAUCGACAUGUUCUGCAAGACCUUCUCUCCUCUACUUCAAGAAAACCACAAAUUCCUGGAUAGCAUUGGCAUGGAUAAUCUGAAAGCUUCUUGAGAUCUCCGUGCUAUUUACGCACCCAGUACGACCAAGCCCUGGACAAACCCUAAACCUUCAAAAGCUUCUUCAGAGCUUUUGCUUUAUCAUUUUAAAAGUUUACCUUCCAUUUUCUCUCUGACAUUGCAAUUAAAAUAAUUACUAUUUGUAGAAUUCCAGGGCUGGAUUUCAAGUUAUGUUGCUGGUCCAUUUAAGUAUUAUUUUGUUGCUAGUU